AUGGACAACGACCUGUAUGAUGAGUUUGGCAACUACAUCGGUCCCGAUCUGGACUCGGACGAUGAGGUCGAGGAACUUCCCGAUGAGGAGCACUUCCAAGAGGCUCGCACCCACGCCAUGAUGGAUGACGAUGAGGACGAUGAGGCCAGCGCGCAGAUCCCCGAGGCGACUGGCAUGGAUCAAGAGCCAGAUGUGUCAGCCAGUCAAGCCAUCGUGCUGCAUGAGGACAAAAAGUAUUAUCCAACCGCCGAAGAGGUUUACGGCCCUGAUGUGGAAACCGUCGUUCAGACCGAGGAUGCACAAAUGCUCUCAGAGCCCAUUGUGGCACCCGUGCGCAAGGUCGCUCACACACAGCUCGAAGAUGAGCUUCCAGCUACCGUCUAUGAGAAGGAGUUUUUGGCCCGCAUGAUGGAAACACCAGAACUGACGCGCAACGUCGCCUUUGUUGGACAUCUCCACUCUGGUAAAUCGACCCUCCUGGAUAUGCUCAUUGAGGAGACCCACGAGGUGGAAUGGGGUCCGGAAGCCACCACCAAGCCCAUUCGCUACGGCGACAUGCUGUUCACCGAGCAGGAGCGUGGUUUGUCCAUCAAAAGCACGCCCAUGACGUUUGUACUGCCAGAUACACGUGGCAAAUCACAUCUGGUCAACGUCAUGGACACGCCAGGCCACGUGGAUUUUAUCGAUGAGGUGACCGCUGCGGUGCGCCUGGCCGAUGGCGUCGUGGUCGUUGUUGAUGCCGUCGAAGGCGUCAUGCUCAACACGCAUCGGGUCAUCAAACAAGCCGCACUGGCCCGAGUGCCCAUCACCCUCAUCAUCAACAAGGUCGAUCGCCUCAUCCUUGAGCUCAAGCUGCCCCCUGCCGACGCCUACCACAAGCUCAAGCACACCCUUGACGAGGUCAACAGCAUCGUCAUGACGUAUAGCGAGGGUCUCGAAGACGUUGCCUUAUCCCCUCUCAAGGGUAACGUGUGUUUUGCCAGUGGUCUGUAUGGAUUCUGUUUCAACUUGUUCUCCUUUAGCAAGCUCUACCAGGAGCACUAUGCCGCCGAUUUCAAUCCCAUUGCUCUGGCGCAACGGUUAUGGGGUGACCUGUGGUUCAACGAGGAAACUCGUUCCUUCGUCCGCAAGCCACCCAACAGCAAAUCCAACCGCUCCUUUGUACAAUUUAUCCUCGAGCCCAUGUACAAGCUCAUGGGACAGGUUGUCGGAGACGUUGAUGGUUCUCUGGAAUCCACCCUGCGGGAUGUUGGCAUCUCACUUAGCCACGAGGAGCGCAAACUCAACAUCCGCCCUUUGCUCAAGGUCGUUUGCCGCCGCUUUUAUGGCGAGUCUCUGGGCUUUACUGACAUGCUCCGUGACUUUGUCCCUUCGCCCGUGGCCAAUGCUCCACGCAAGGUGGAGCUCAACUACUCAGGGCCUUUGAGCGAGGACGAUGAGCUGGCUCGUGCUAUGAUGACGUGCGACCCCAAGGGCCCGCUCAUGGUCAACAUCACCAAGUUGCUGGUUUCGCAGGACGGCUCACGUUUCGAUGCCUUUGGUCGGGUCAUGAGUGGUACCCUCGAGGCACACACAGAUGUCAAGGUGUUGGGAGAGAACUACACGGUCGACGACCCGGAGGAUUCUUGCAUCGAGCGCAUUUCCCACUUGUAUGUGUCAGAGGCUCGCUACCGCAUCGAGGUCAACCGGGUGCCUGCCGGCAACUGGGUGCUGAUCCAAGGCAUCGACGCACCCAUCAACAAGACGGCCACCUUGACUGAUGCAAAGAGCGACGAUGAUGUACAUAUCUUCCGCCCACUCAGUUUUGAUACCACCGCACCGAUCAAGAUUGCCGUGGAACCCGUCAACCCAUCAGAGCUGCCCAAGAUGACGGAUGGCCUGCGUAAAAUCAACAAGAGCUAUCCGCUCGUUACCACUCGGGUCGAAGAGUCGGGUGAGCACGUGAUUAUGGGUACUGGCGAGCUCUACCUGGACUGCAUCAUGCAUGAUCUUCGCAAGAUGUACGCAGAGAUUGACAUCAAGGUCGCUGACCCCAGCGUGGGUUUCUGCGAGACGGUUGUGGAGACCUCCACUCUCAAGUGCUUCGCCGAGACUCCCAACCAGCGCAACAAGCUGACCAUGGUUGCCGAGCCGCUUGAUCGCGGCCUGGCCGAAGACAUUGAGAACAAAAUUGUUUCCCUUGACUGGCCCAAGAAGAAAGUCAGUGAAUUUUUCAAGACCAAGUACGAGUGGGACGUUCUGGCAGCCCGCUCCAUCUGGUCGUUUGGUCCCACGAGCAACGGCCCCAACGUACUCCAAGACGACACGCUGCCGGCUGAAGUGGACAAAAAGCUUCUGUUUUCCGUUCGCAGUUCCAUUGUCCAGGGCUUUCAAUGGGCUUCGCGUGAGGGCCCACUUUGCGAUGAGCCCAUGCGCAACUGCAAGUUCAAACUCUUGGACGCACAAAUUGCUGAGACGCCCAUCCAGCGCAGUGGUGGUCAAAUUAUCCCCACUGCGCGCCGCGUCGCUUACUCGGCCUUUUUGAUGGCCACCCCCCGCUUGAUGGAACCUUACAACUUUGUUGAAAUUCAAGCCCCCGCCGAUUGCGUGGCUGCCAUUUACAACGUCCUGCCCCGUCGUCGUGGUCAUGUCACUGAGGAGAGCCCCAAGCCUGGCAGCCCUCUCUACACCAUCAAGGCCUUGAUUCCUACCAUUGAUUCAUUUGGGUUUGAGACGGACUUGCGCAUGCACACCCAAGGUCAAGCCUUUGCUUUGUCUGUCUUUGAUCACUGGCAGAUUGUUUCCGGGGAUCCCUUGGACAAGUCGGUUGUGAUUCAGCCCUUGCAGCCCUCGCCUGCCCCGCAUCUGGCGCGCGAUUUUAUGAUCAAGACGCGUCGUCGCAAGGGUCUUUCCGAGGACGUCAGCAUCAACAAGUUUUUCGACGACCCCAUGCUCCUCGAGCUGGCCCGAGAAAAUGUUGUGCUCGGAGACAGCUAUUAAUCAACUGGGCUUGCCGUCCCGCAAACACGAGUACAGAGAAGCCAACCACCAAACAUAAGAGGGCUUCCAACCGCUGCUGCAAGUAGCCGACAGCAGGCGGACGGAUCCAACGACGAGCUGGCUCGCAUUGUGGUUUUUCAACACGACCUCGUGGGGAGUAUCAGCCCGCCGAGGCGUGAAGAGGUGAUGAUGAGGGAAACGAGAAGAAAAAAAUUUAAAUAAAAAAUUGAACAAAAGUGAAAC